ACACUCGAAACUCACAGUUCUUCGUCUUUGUACUACCAAAGCUGUUAGUCUAUUGCUAAAAUGUCCGGUCGCGGUAAAGGAGGUAAAGGUCUAGGAAAGGGAGGCGCGAAGCGUCAUCGCAAGAUCCUCCGGGAUAACAUCCAGGGCAUCACCAAGCCCGCCAUUCGCCGUCUCGCCCGCCGUGGAGGAGUCAAGCGAAUUUCUGGCCUCAUCUACGAGGAGACCCGUGGUGUUCUCAAAGUCUUCCUUGAAAACGUAAUCCGUGAUGCUGUCACCUACACCGAGCACGCUAAGCGCAAGACUGUCACCGCCAUGGACGUUGUCUACGCUCUGAAGCGACAGGGCCGAACCCUGUACGGAUUUGGCGGCUAGAUCAUCUCUGCAAGAAAUUCAUCUCAACGGCUUCUAUAGAAGCCACCCA